UUCGGAGACCAGAAGCGCGAAGGCACGGUGAAUGCGUCCAAGACCAUCGAUUCAACAGAAACCGGGGAGAUGUUCCAGAUUGAGAAGGACUUUGGGGACCAUUUCUCGAAGGAACCGCGUGUAAGUGUUAGAAGCGCUUGUGCUGACUAUAUGAGCGACACGGCUAGUUUAGUGAGUGAAUUAGACGAAACGGAUAAUGAGGUGAGAAAGCUAACUGCUUUAGCUUUCCGGAGCCUGGCCUGCCCUCACAACAAUUACAUCGACCUUUCUAGUUCGAGGGCAUCCACGGAUUGGUCCCUGUCGCUGUCAGAGGACAGCAGUACCACUAACAAAUGGUCAACCUAUGCUGAGUUGAGUGAACCCAGCUUGGCCGAAACUAACGAGCACCCCGCGAACCCCAUCCGCGCCCCAAGCGCAAAGAGCGAGGAGAGCAGGGAGGAGAGAGCCGGCCAUUCAUUGGGGGGAGGGCAUUUUGAGUGUGUCGAUGUCGCUGUGGAGACUCAAGAGGGUCGGACGGUUCCAAAGAGAGAGAUACAGUUUAAAAAGCGAGAGAGAAGUGAGCUGACCGUCUUCAGAUCGAAUGGUGCCAAUGAUGGCCAAUGCACGGCUCAAUAUGGAGGAGCGGUACAGAAGAGAGAGGAGAGCACUGUUUGCAGAGAGGAUGCGGCGGCGGAGGCGAAGGAGGGGGCCAGUGACAGACCGUUGCAAAGGAUGGAAUCUGUGGAAGAGUGCUCCAAAAAGGCGAAACUUGCAUCUUGCCACAUUUCCAAUGUCAUUUCUAAGAAGAUGCAGUUUGAACAAGAACUCAAGAUGGAACGUGGCGCCUUCCACGAAACCUAUUCGUCCGUCCCCUCUACACCGUCCUCUGUAAAUUUAAAAGAAUUCGAGUUCCCCGCCCAGGGAAGUCAGCAAGAAGGUAAAAGGCGAAAUUCCAGCGCAAAGCCAGAGAGCGAUAUCUCCGGGGAAGAUCACCCAGCGCAUUUCAGAAAGAAAAGCUGCGAUCUGAAUGCUGACAGUACAGAUGACAAGAGAAAUGUUCUGAGGCAGGACAGCUGUGGCUCUCUGAAGGGAGAAAACAUCACCUUGGAUGGUCUAUCCAAUCGCGACAUUCUUGAUCGCUGGAAGGAAAGUAAUACAGACACCCAGAAAGGAAUGAAGUCAGGGAAACCAACGGGACUGAGUGGAGUUAAAUCCCAGACCGCGCUAAGUGAUUUAGGCCACAGUCAGUCUGAAGUCCCAACCGUUCGAAGUACCUCAGAGGACACUUAUAAUGUCGACUGUAUCCCACAAGUUGCCAAAAAUAGAUUGCAGGCGAGCUGUUUGGCAGAAAGCAAGCUGACAGGUUACGAUGACAAAGCCAGUCACAAACAGUCAGGUAAUAAAUUGGACUCAACGAAUGCCCCUAGGAACAUCUUAAUGUCACAAACAUCAGAGAAGACAUCUGCUUCUGGGACCAAACAUGACAACCAAGUGGAUCUUUUUGGAACAGUUGAACAGCUGGCUCCAAAUAUUGGCUCCCUCAGUAAGAUCAUCACUCUUGACCCCAAGUAUCAGACCCUUCCAGCUUCAUUUAAGUUUGAGACAGAUGGCUGCAGAAUCAAAGACCUGCAGUUUAGCAGAAGAGAAUCUAUACAACAGAGAACUAAAGGUCCAAUUCAUCAGGUGCGGGAUGUGCGUAAGCUUGUUAAGAAUACCUAUGGUGCUUUAAGGUUCAAUGCUAGUGAAGCAAAAACUUUUGGAUCUGCACAGGUUCUUCAGCCUAAUGGCUCAAGUUUGGCCAAGGCAUCUGAUCAAAUAGAUGCAGCAAUGAAUAGUACUCAAACAGUGCCCAUUUACAUUGAGUGCAAGUCGACUGGUUGGAAAGGCAACAGUGGCAAUUAUAGCAAUAUAUCAGUAGACAAAAAAUAUUGGACUUAUGCUGGGAGUACAGACACCUCCAGGUCAUAUUCUAAUGAUAUUGAUUUUUUGAUUCCCUUCAAUACAAACAAAAGCAUGUUAGGCUCGCUCCAAAAAGGAGGAACUGAAAGUCAGACUGAUAAAAAAGAUGAGAAGAAAGAGUGUGAGGUGCUAACGGAGUCAACUAAAUUGAAGAACGCCAAAAAGAAAAUGAUCAAAGAUGACAAAUUACAAAUUGUAUCCGCUUCAAAUAAGGAAGAGACCAGGGCGCCUCUCAUGAAGGAUAACACUGUAAAGGAUUCUAAAGAAAAACACGGUGAAAUGCUAGCCAAACAGAACUUAAACAAAGAAGUUUGCAAUUCAUCAAAUGAGUCAGAUAAGUUCAAAAUAAGUUACCCUGCCGGAAUAGAGAACCAGAAUUCAUCUUUAUCAGUUUCCAAUCCUAACACAAAAGGUAAGAAAGUUGAAUCUACUGGAGCUAAUCAAAGCACAGCAGAAAAGCUUAGGAAGGAUUAUGUAGAACCUGUUCCACUGAAGAUAGAUAAUAAAGUGCCAACCAAUAAAGUUGGUUCCAGAAGAGAAGAUUCAACAAAAUUGCACGGUGAAAAUAAACAUUCUGGAAGUAAAUCUUCACUCAGUGAGGAUUUGAAUUUAAUGCAUGGAAAAGCUGAUUCUAAAAAAGAGAUUCAAAAUAGACCAGCACAUAAUAAUAAACUCCAGAAGAAUACAAUUUCAAAGAAUAAUGUUACCAAAAUAGUAGUGGAGAAGAAUGAGGCUAAAAGUGCAGAAAGCCAGAAUAAACAUACUUUAUCUCUUAACACAAAUGAUACAAAGUUAUCUACAGGUAAAGAUACAUCGGAGAAAGUUAAUUUCAGGUUAGAUCUUCAGAAGACAUCUUCAAGGAUUUCUUCAUUAAAAAGUGAUGGGACUCAGGAAUUAACAGGGAAAGGGCAUCUUAACAAGGAAAGUCAAGCCAGAAAACUGGGAAAUAAAAAUAGCAUUCCUGAAUAUUCAUUUUUCAAGACUGAAAAAUUCAAAGGAAACGAGGAAGGUGGAACAGGAGGCCAAAGCAAGGUAGAAGAGAAGAGAAAAUCCUCCGGGAGCUCCAUGCUUAACACACCCAUAGGAAAAGAGGAGGAUAUGAAGCUUGCACUGGAAAGUAAGAGUAUACUGAUGAGCAAGUCACUCUCCCAAACUGCAGAGCUCACAAAGUUAUCUGGGAGAGGUGAGUUUAAAACUGAGACACAAGUUGGUCGACAAAAGGAGAACAAGGUUUCAAGUAAUCCUACAUCAAAGAGUGAAGAAAUAAGUUCAACAUUUGGGAAAUAUGAAACUGUCAAAGAUAUACAAGUUCGGCUAGAGAAUCAGAGUAAAGGUCGAGGAAGGUUAAAUGAAGAAAAGUCUGGAAGAAUAAAAGCUGUUAGUGAGAGUCAAGCUGGGCAGGAUAAUCAGAAAAGGCUCCCUGGUUACUGCACCCAGACUAGUGAAAGCAAGAAUGAGCCCAAGAAGGAAAACCAGGCAGACUGUGAGAAUCAAGAAAGAAACAUUGAACAAGCACAAACUUCAGAAAAAAGUGGAUCGAAAAUGUUAAAAGAUCCCAUAAAGGAUAGUUAUGUUUUAUCAUUGAUUUUAGAAGAAGAAAGCAGCAAGAAUAACUUUGAAUCUACUGAUGACAAUAUUAGAAAUAAACAACAUUCAUCUGUGAAGAAUCAGGCCUUAAAUACCUUCAGUGCACAAACUCCUCAUUCCUCUUCAGGUGUCAAAGAUAAACAAAGUGCACCUACUGUAAAGGCCACAAAUCACCACCAGACCAUACAGAGCACAGCAAAGACAUCAACUCACAAACUUGAAAGCCAUGGUAGUAUGAAAAGCACAUCAGGGUUUGCUAUUGAUAUCCCCAUACCAACAUCUAAAGUGGAAUACCAAGAUACAACUUCACAAAUACAUCCGAGUUCAGCAGAAUUUAAGAUGAAAACCCUUCCUCCAAUAAAUUCUGUUGUUAGACUGUUUGGCCAGGAUCAGAAGCAGAGUUCCUCUGCAGUUAUGGUGCAAUCAACUAGAACAGAAACCAUUCAAGAACAUGGAUCAAAGCCCUUGGAAAGUGUAAACUACCUUGCCAUUCCUGUAAAGGAACAAAGGACACAGCCAAGUCUAGGACAAACAACUACUUCCCCUCAUUCUGCCACCAUUAAAUCAAUGCCUUAUUUUCAACAUCAGCACAGUUUGGAGGUAACUGAACCUCCAAGACAAGAAAAGGAGUUAAUUUCUCAUCAGGUUAGUCAGGAGCCACGGUUCUCUGGCACGUCUCUGCAGAAUCCAUAUUGUGCUUCUUCAAACCAAGGGCGGCCUCAAUUGUCCUCUUGCUCUCCAGGAACAAUGCCAUUAAGCUUUGCGGAGACAAUUUGUGAAGUAGCCCAGUCUUCUCAGGAAACAGACAACCCUUGCGUGCCUUGUUUUCAGUACCCUCAGACUCAGAGAAAGAUGCUUGUGGAUCCGGAGACUGGAAACUAUUACUUUGUGGAUGCUCCAGUUCAGCCUUCACGUAGAAUGCUGCUGGACCCAGUAACAGGGCAGUAUGUGGAAGUUGUAAUGUCUCAGCAGCCCUUUGCUGGAGUUUAUCAAGUGCCUUUCUCUCCUUACCUCCUACAUCCAGGAGUUAUGGGUCCAUCUUAUUUACCCAACAUGCCAUAUCCUGGGGUAUUUGUUGGACCGUCUUCACCUGCUCAAACUGCUCAAAGACCUCUGGAUAUGCAAAGCCAGCCACUGUCUCAGCAAGGUUCUGCACAUGAUAAAGCAAGUAUACAACAUCCUGAACAGCCCAUCCAGAGGACUCUCUCCUCCGAUGCUGCACAAAUGGAGACUUUGUAUUAUAUUCCAACAGGUAUGACGUUAUAUCCAAACCCAAGUCAGCCUGGUCUGCAGCAAGUAGCCAUGCAAGCUAAACCAUGUGUUGAUGUCAACGACAGUAAAACUACAGGUCACUGGCCAAUCCAACAAACUUAUGAAGUGAGCAGUUAUCUGCCCCAUGGAAGGCCAAGCAGCUUUAUGGUGGAAUAAUUAGGAAACACAGUGUGCCUGAUGAGAGGCUAUAGAGUGGAAAGGAGAACCUACAACUCAGCAAGGAUUCAACCACAAUGCCACGCCAGGGUCAAAUGGCAAGCACGGUACACCAUAAAAGGUAUUUUCCACCUGGCAUCUCAACAUCAUCACUACAGGAACACAAGGUUUUAUCCAUGGCUUUGUUCAAGUGACGUCGAGAAGCAUUUAGUUCAUGGAAGGAGUUUGGUUCUACCUAAAUAAAACAACAGAACUGAGGAGAAUUUAUUGAUCAAUGCUCCUGUCUUCUUUUCAGCUCCUGGAAUAUAUGAGCAAUUCAUACAUGGCUCCAAUGGCAUCACUGACAUGGACCUCUGCAGUUUCAGUGAAGUUCUGCAGACGCUGGAAAUCCAGAGUAACACACACAGACAGUUACUGUUGCUUAAAGCCACCAGAUAUUUUAUGUUUUAAGACAAAUAGUUUGCCAAACUUUUUAUUUUCAUUUUGUGUGUCACACCUUUGAGGAACUUGCACUCAGUCUGCAAUAUAAAGCCGUGCAAUCGGAAAACAAAUGUAUCAAUUAGGUGAUAAAGACAGGGUAUAUUAUAAUUUAAUGAACAUCAGCAACUCUUCUUACAUUUUGUCACAAAGACUAAUAUCACCUCAACCUAAUUAAGAGACCUGUAAACAAUUGGGGGGGGGUUGGAUUUCUACACCCCAUAUAUUAAUUGAUUUAGCAUGGAAUUUAAGUUAGUCAAAUUUUGUGCAAGCAUUGCUGGGAGAAUACAGAUUGAGUACCUAGUAUUAAAUAAGGCUGCUAAUAUUAGGGAUACACUUUCUAUCAAUACUAUUGGUAGUAGAUACAACCAAUGGUAAUCUUAAUUUAUGUGCUAGUGAAAAAGAAAGGAAUUGUGCUACUCUUAAAAUGUACUUCCAUUUACACAUCAGCUCUAAACAUCCUUUAAAGUAUAAUGAUUGUUGAGCAUGAGUUGGGAACUGGAGUUAUUUAUUGUAUGUACCAAAGAGUAAAAUAGAUCUAAAUAGGUUUCUCCAAUUUUUCAAAAGGUAAAUACAUCAUUUACAAAUGUGGUGGGGGAGAAAGGAAUUGUUCAGUGGGAUAGGGAUCCAUGAAACCAAAAUUAAUGUCUAAAGAAAUCUUUUCUAAUAUUUGCUGUGCCAUUUAUGUUCUCUGCCAGAUGGUUAUUUUUCUGUCAAUUGGUUUGAAGGAAAUAUGCAAUCCUAUUUUGACAUCAGUAUCAAGUGUUCCUUUAUCACAUCUGUACUGAAACGUAAAUAAAAUCUGGCUUUUAUCAGCUAAUUGCCCCAACCC